AUGCCCGCAUUACGGCAAGCAAAUUGGAAUGUGAGCGACGGCGAUUUGCAAUCCUCUACAACAAAUCACGCGCAAGCAGGCCGUGACCAGGUCUACGAGAACCCAUCAAGUCCAAACAGCCAGGAGGCAUCGACAGAGUCUCCACGUCAUAGCGUCUCAAAUCUGCCCUACCCCUUCGAUUCCCAAUCUUCCUUAGAGAACGACAAUGGCAGCCACGCAUGGAGAAGAAGCUUGAUCGCACGCAUUAUAGACACGUUUCAACUGUCCAAGAGCUAUCUGCCGGGGCAUGUCAAGGGCGAUGUAGAUCAGAUCAUACAUUCACUCAAUGAAUACUGUUCAGGCUAUGGAAAAGUCGCUGCGAUCGAGAAUUUGGACUCGGACUUUUUAAUAUACAGGAAAUUUGGAUGGCUUCGCAAUUACGCUCUGCUACACCUUCAGGAUGAACUUGCUGCUCUCCAACAUGAGUUGGAGGAAUUUGAUAAAUGGGAUUUCAGAGAUGGUGAUCAGAAGCGGCUAGUUUCGCGCCAACUGGACUAUGGACGCCCAGACUCAAGACGCAGGGAGAUCAUGGCCAGUGUGCACGGCAAGCUUAGAGAAUAUGAUGAAGCGCUGUUGCGAACGCAGAAAAUCCAGGCGAUCAAAAGGCCUUCUCGCAGAUCUCAGCGGAACGUGCAUAAUCUGAUACACAAUACUGAAAGCCUAGUCCGCAACGAAGCUGACUGGAUUCGUGAAGGAACCGACCUAGCUGCUCUAGGUUGUGCUGCCGACCGAGGGUGGCUGAAUACUUGUCUGGAGAACACAUUAAACACAAUAUCAAGGACCGCUACUAAAAAGCUCUUCCAAACUCACGAGCAGGAAAUUAAGACUGGAGACGAAGCACUCCACCUGGUCUCUCUCGACCGCCUCGACAACGUCCUGCGCGCCAUCGUUACGAUGGUAGCAGCGAUUUUACUGCUCGUCCCCGUAUACGUGCUUUUCAAGUUGCAACCAACCAGCAUGUCAGAUGUCGAGCGGAGGGGCAUCUACCAGAUCCUCACAAUCUUCAUCUUCACCCUGCUCUUCUCCGCCUCUUGCUCAAUCUUUACGCAGGCAAAGAAACAGGAAGUUUUUGCUGCAACUGCCGCAUACUCCGCUGUGCUGGUCGUGUUUCUAGGCAACACAUCAAACGUCUUGGUGGCCACGAACAAUUAG